UACGUCAUGUUUACUGGCAAAGAAUGUUCCAUCGGAUUCUGCGGAAGAACGCCAUCUUUGAGAGAACAACGAGUCGCAGACGGUUUUGAUAAACCUUUACUCCAAGUUUUCUUCAGUCUAAAAACUCGCUAUUUCUGUUCCCUGGAGUUAAUAUUUAAGAUGCGCCAUUCAAAGCGCAUGCGCUCCCCGGGUGUCUGGCUUGAUGAAAAUAGCUGGGAGGAAGGAAUGGAGUGUCACAAACGGAGGAAACUUUCGCACAGCAGCGAAAGAGAAAACAAAUCCAGAAGACAACAGCGACACCACAAGGCGUAUGAGGGGCACCACCUGGAGGCUCGAAGUCUAAACCAGAGGCUGGAUUCUCAAGAGCACCGUACAAAUGAAUACAAUUUUGACAUGAUUUAUGAUGACAACAGCCGGGAUGACGCCUGCAAAGACAGAGACCUUGAUUGGCACCAUUACAGCAAGUCUUCUGGGCGCAGUGGACGCAGCAGACGUGGCAGUCACAGACACAGAGACCGAGACCGAAAGUAUAGACGCAGCCAUUCUCGCCACAGAUCCUCCUCGAGGAGGAGCCAUCACCGCAGGAAAAGAUCCAGGAGUGUUGAGGAUGAUGGCGAGGGUCACCUCAUCUAUCACAGUGGAGACAUGCUAAGAGCGAGAUAUGAGAUUGUGUAUACACUAGGAGAGGGUGCCUUUGGGAAAGUCGUCGAAUGCAUUGAUCACGCAAAUAAUGGGGAGCUAAUAGCCCUGAAGAUCAUAAAAAAUAUAGACCGCUACCGAGAGGCAGCGUUGUCUGAGGUAGAGGUGCUGAAACAGCUGAAUUCUGUUGAUGCUGACAAGAGAUACUCUUGUGUGCGCAUGCUAGACUGGUUUGACUACCACGGCCACAUUUGCAUCGCUUUUGAGCUGCUUGGCCUCAGCACCUAUGAUUUCCUCAAAGAGAACAACUUCCAACCUUUUCCCCUGGAACACAUCAGGCACAUGGCCUUCCAGAUUAUUCGAGGUGUAAAAUUUUUGCACAAAAACAAGCUGACUCACACAGAUUUGAAGCCUGAAAAUAUACUCUUUGUAGAUUCAAACUACAGUAUGGAAUACAACCGUGAGAAGAGACGAGAUGAACGAACGCUGAAGAACCCUGAUGUGAGGAUUGUUGACUUUGGCAACGCCACCUUUGAUCACGAGCACCACACUUCAGUGGUCUCCACCCGCCACUAUCGCGCCCCGGAAGUCAUUCUAGACUUGGGUUGGGACCAUUCCUGUGAUGUGUGGAGCAUUGGCUGUAUACUGAUUGAAUAUUACCUUGGAACAACCCUCUUCCAGACUCAUGAUAGUAAAGAGCACCUCGCUAUGAUGGAGAGAGUCCUAGGCCCCAUUCCUGCAAAGCUUCUGGAAAAGACCAGGAAGCGACGAUACGUUCACAGAAGCCGGCUGGACUGGGAUGGUCAGAGCUCUUCUGGGAGAUACGUCAGGAAACACUGCAAACCCCUCAAGCAUUACAUGUGGUCAAAGGGGGAGGACCACCGGCAGCUUUUUGAUCUCAUCGAGAAGAUGAUGGAAUAUGACCCCACUAAGCGCAUCACUCUGGAGCAGGCCCUCCAUCAUCCCUUCUUCUCCUGCUUCUACAAGAGCAGCAACAGGAAAAGCUGCAGCAGCAACAGAAGCACCAGCAGCAGUAGUGCCGGCAGCAAAUGAGGCCUCUGAGCUCCACCACCUCCAUCCUGGUGCUCUGAAGCAGCCUCCAGUUCCUGACUCUCCAGGAGAGACGUACUUUGACUGUAUCAGUCACAGCUUUGCUCCGGCCUGUUCUGUUUUCAAUCUCAAUGAAAGUUACCAUCCUUUUUUUUUUUUUUUUUGGCAUGUUGUGAUGUAAUGAAUCCCAACCCAGCAGGUGAUUCUAUUUAUUUGUACUUGUAACUCAAAAGCAAAGUUUUCUUUUUGAUUAAAUGUUAGUCUUAAACUCAACUUUUCUUUGUGCAUUAGUAUGUGCUCAGUGAUGGAUACUGAUACAUCUCACCAGUGCUUUAUUUGGUUUUGUGAAACAUUAAUAGGAACGUUGCAUCCUACAAACUUGUACAUAGACCUUGUUAAAAGAAUUCCCUGUCAUGUAAUUUUUUUCAUCCUGUUCAAAUAAAAAUGAUGACAGAACUGAAA